AUUUCAGGCAAAUUGACAAGUAGCAAGCGCUGAAAGAAUUUUCGGAUUUAUUUAUUUACUUCUCAUUUAAAAACAAUAAUUUCAAUUCGCAUUUCUUCCGCAAUUUGAGACGACAAGUGUUCAAAGUACACGUUAUAUUUCUAAGUAUUAAGUUAAUAGUUACUGCGUCAUAAGAAUCCUUCAUUGUUGUUUACAAAACCGUCUACGAUUACAUCAAAUUAUAUCUGUCUAUUAUCUAACGAUUAAAGAAAUUGCGUUUUAUAAAAAUGAUACCAGAUAACGUGACCCUGAUUGUAAAGGCUCCAAACCAGCAAAUAGAAGACCAAAAUAUCGAGUGUCAAACCUCUUGGACUGUCCGUCAGCUAAAAGGUCACUUAUCUGAAGUUUAUCCCAGUAAACCGAAAACUGAAGAACAGAAAAUUAUUUAUUCUGGCCAGUUGUUAGAUGACAAUUCAGUAUUAAAGGAUGUUUUGCGUAAUUAUGAAUACCCAAUGCCUCAUACUAUGCAUCUAGUCUGCACUUCUAAGAACAAAAUGGACACACCAGAGCCUAAUACAGAUGGUCUCCGAAAUAGAAAUAGGGAGCAUGCAAAUGAGACAGCUCCACCAGAAAUGAGACAGAAUGAUCAAAACCACACUGUGGAAAUGCAGAAUUAUUUAAGUUCCUUUGUUAAUAAUUAUGGGAGGGUGCCACCAUACCAGAAUUAUAACUUCAAUGAUAGAUAUCUACCAAUGCAGCAAGCAUAUAUGCAGUAUAUGCAACAGUAUGCUAAUUUAUGGCAGGCAUACACAGUUAACACAAUGCCUCCCCAAGAAGCUCCCCAAGCACCAGCGCCCCCUCCGGCCCCAGCUCCACAGCCGAUGCCCGAAGAAGGCCGUGACUGGCUCGACAACUUAUAUAUGGCGUCGCGUAUCGCUGUAUUAAUCUCGCUACUCUACUUUUAUGGUAGUCCAGCGAGACUAUUUCUGGUCUUCAUACUUGUUGUUACUGGAUAUCUACACCAGAUUGGCUUCUUCCGCGACCUGCUAGUAAAUCCAAACAACAACUUACAACAUAACGAUAGAAACCGAGCAAAUCAACCUCCUCAAGCGCAGGAGGGUGAUCCAGCCCCGCAGGGGGCACAACAGACCCCACCAGUGGUACCAGAAACGCCAGACCCCUCAAACAACCAAAACCCCCCAGAUGAUGAUCAAUCACUGCUAGCGGUAACUUGGACUAUUUUUACAACAUUUUUCGCGUCUUUAAUACCAGAAGCGAAUUGAUUUUAAAGUUCUAAUGUAUAAUUUGGUUUGAAUUGAUAUUUAGAUGGUUCGUUUAUUGCUUAAAAAUUUGUCAAAGACAAUUUUUAAAAGGAAAGUAAAAUUUUGAGUUUUUUUUACGAAGUAUCAAUUGCUAUUUGGAACCAAUUGAAUUUCGUACACCUAACUGGCCUACUCUGGUGAUGAUCACCUGUUAUGUUUGUAUGAAUAUAUAUUCAAAUUACUGCAUACAUAUAGUUGAUAAUUUGUGUUUUUAAAAAUUGUUUUGUAAUCUAAUUGUUGAUGCAAGAUGUUAUUUUAACAAUUAACAUAAUCAAGCUAACUUCCAAUCAGUCCUGCAAUUAUGGUUUUGUUGUGCAUUAUGCAAAAUAUUAUUGAAGGGCAAUUAAAGGGUUAAAAAACUUGUAAAUUAUCAUGUAAUUAGUAUAGUAUUUUAUUAUUAUACCAGUAAAGUAUCCUUUAUCUAUUGAAUAGGGAUAUACAUUUUCAAUGGUUAAGAUGUAUAAAAUUUCUAUUGUUAUCUAUUUUUUAAAUGAGACAAAACAAUUUGAAUGCAAUUUCUCUUAUAUAUGUAAAAAAGCUUGUUUUGUAAUUAAAUAAUAUUAGAAGUUGUCUUCGUUAAAUUAUAAAGUAAAUUGGCAUUGAAUAAAUGGAGUAUAUUUUAAUGUACUGAUCUUAAACCAAAUAUUAAAUGUAAAUAUUAAAAUUAGGAUUAAUUAGUUAAUAAUUUCGUAAUAUAAACUUUGGGAAUUGCUAUAUUUAGAAUAACUUAGAAAUGCAUGUAAAAUUGUUAAUUAAUUUUGUAUAUUAUACAAUUGUAAAGUGUACCUCUUUCUUGUAUCUAAAAUCUUGGCAGUACAUAUUGCAUAUAAAUCAAGGAUUGUAUGGGUAGGAUUCCUGGCGACAACCAUUUGAAGAAAAUAAAUGUGUGGUGGCAGGUACUGAAACAUGAAAAUUGAUACUUUCAUAUACAAAAUGUGUUCUCCCAUUUGAUUCUUGGGGUACAUUGUAACGUGUCAGGUGAGCAUGGUUCUUAGACAAGCCAAGUAUUGAAAACAUCAUCAAUGUUAUUGGCUAAAAGAGAAUUUUAUAUUUCAAAUACUUUAAUCUCGCCAUAAAAGACAUCGUUCACUAUCUAGUUAUAUGAAUGCCAUAACAUGACAUGACCUUGGUGCUUGAGCCCACUGGAAAAGAAUUCUCGGUAAUCUGGUAUGUGACCAAUGUUAAGGCCGUUGCCAAGAUUAUAGUGGCUUCGUAGCAAACUGUUUUGGCAUCUUUAAUCUAAGUCACUGUGAAAAUGCCACCAUUUUUAUUUAUGCAGAAAUAAAAAUUUCUGUGCUACAUGUUUACAUUCAUUCACAUCAUUAUACAAAGAUCAUCUGCAUUUGUAGCAUAAGGUUAUUUAAAGUUUAUUUUCAACCAUCAUGUACACAGUACAUAUAAGUAUUUUCGUUUGAACUAAUGUAAUAAAUUUUUCCGAAAUUUAA